AUGCAACACUACAACCACACGAAAAUUGUGAUCCGUGUGUUGGGGGCUGGGCAAACGGUGGGCCGAUCAUGCGUGAUCGUGGAGCUGGAGAACCGGCGAGUGAUGUUCGACUGCGGUUCACACCUCGGGUAUAAAGACGAAAGGAAGUAUCCAAAUUUCAACAUACUGGUAAGUAAUGACACCUCCUCCGUAGAGAAGGAAAAGGGGAUGGGCGAAGGAAACAUGUACGAACACCAUCUGAACACGGAAGUGAAUAUAACAAUAGUGAACAGCAGUAUCUCGGAAAAGGAAAAGUUAAUAGAAAAAUUAAGUAGAAUAAAUGAAAUAAUUGACUGUGUAAUAAUAAGUCACUUUCAUAUGGAUCACAUAGGAGCAUUGCCCUUUUUCACGGAGAUACUAAAAUAUAGGGGUACCAUAAUUAUGAGUUAUCCAACGAAAGCACUGAGUCCAAUAUUAUUGCUAGAUGGAUGCCGAGUAGCAGACUUAAAAUGGGAAAAAAAAAAUUUUGAGAGACAAAUCAAACUUUUAAACGAAAAAUCCGAUGAACUCUUAAAUUACAACAUUAGUAGUUUGAAGAAAGACCCAUGGAAUAUCAGUGAAGAACAUAUUUACUCCUGUAUAGGUAAAGUAGUAGGAUUACAAAUAAAUGAGACUUACGAAAUGGGAAAUAUGUCUAUCACUCCAUAUUAUGCGGGGCAUGUGCUAGGUGCCUGUAUAUAUAAAAUAGAGGUCAAUAAUUUUAGCGUUAUUUAUACAGGUGAUUAUAAUACCGUUCCAGAUAAGCAUCUUGGGAGCACUAAAAUUCCUUCGCUUAAUCCUGAGAUUUUCAUUUCUGAGUCUACGUAUGCCACAUAUGUCAGACCAACGAGAAAGGCUUCUGAGUUGGAUCUGUGUAACUUAGUACACGAAUGUGUACAUAAAGGAGGGAAGGUCCUCAUCCCUGUUUUUGCCAUUGGAAGAGCACAAGAAUUGUCAAUACUUCUAGAUUCCUACUGGAGAAAAAUGAAAAUAAAUUACCCCAUCUACUUUGGAUGUGGAUUAACAGAAAAUGCCAACAAGUAUUAUCGUAUUUAUUCUUCUUGGGUGAAUAGUAAUUGUGUUUCCACAGAUAAAAAGAACCUCUUCGACUUUGCUAAUAUUUCUCCAUUUGUGAACAACUACUUGGAUGAAAAUCGGCCGAUGGUUUUGUUUGCCACUCCAGGGAUGCUACAUACUGGAUUAUCUCUAAAGGCUUUUAAAGCAUGGGCAGGGUCAAGUAAUAAUUUAAUUGUCCUUCCAGGGUACUGUGUUCAAGGUACUGUGGGUCAUAAGUUAAUUAUGGGGGAAAGGAAAAUAUCGUUUGAUGGAAGCUCCUAUUUGAAUGUUGCCUGUAGAAUUAUUUACCUUUCCUUUUCUGCGCACGCUGAUUCCAAUGGUAUUCAACAACUCAUAAGACACGUGCUCCCGCAAAAUGUUCUUUUUGUUCAUGGAGAAAAAAACGGCAUGGAAAAGUUAUCGAAACAUAUAUCUUCUAACUAUUUAAUUAAUUCUCUCUGUCCUUCCUUGGGUCAGCAUUGCGAGUUCAAUUUUUCCAAGGGUAAUAUGAAACACGUCUAUGUGCAGGAUUCUCUCUAUGCCGAUAUUAUACAUAACUUAAAUGAACAGAAGGAGAAAAAAUCCCUUUUGUCUACAAACAAGGUAAGCGGUCUCUAUCGGAGUGACGCAACUAAAUUGGCAUCGCGGGAUGGCAACUACACCGUCUCUUUCUCAGCUUAUAUUGUAUAUUUUACCAUUCGUGAGAAGCCCUACCUUUUGUUCCUCCCCAGACGGGAGCUCCUGCGCGUGAUACGGGCGAGGUGUUUUCCCGUCAAAGUUCAGCGCGGGGACAAGUGCUUCACCUCGGACAAGCUCUUCGGUCUGGGCAACAGUGAACCUGGGGGCAAUGUGCCUAUUCAUGCGGUAGACUUUCCGGGAGAAAAACUGAGCAGUGAGGACACCCUCAUAAAUGAUCAUGAGGAGGGAACCCCCCCCGUUAGCCCUCUCACUCAACUAGGCAAAAGGAAAUAUGAGGAAAUGUCUAGAAUAGGGGGGUCUCCAGAAGAAGUAUGCGAAGAUGAAGAUAUGGAUAAAGCGGAAAAUGCAGAAGAAUGUAGUUCCCCCCAACGAAGUCCCUCCAAACAUUUAAGUAAAAAGCUCCCAAAAGUGUCCACCGAUUGGGUGGACCCCGCGGGGGAAAAUCCGAUCCAGCCAGAGGUAGAAAUACAAAGAUAUCCAACAACCAAGGAAGAUCUUUUUGAGCACGACGGGAACCCUCUUAAUCUCUCAAAAGGUACAUCAAUUGCCUCUGUCAACGCAUGCGGAGAAGCACUAAAGAAGGGUGAACAAAGCACCCCCAGAGACACGCGCAACUACGUUAAGAAUGAAGACCAAGUAACCAUGCCACUAAUGAACCUGCGGUUCAGUGAAAGCAUCAGCAUAAGCUACCACAGAUUUUACAACUUUGUAAUUUCCUUUUUCAAAGAAAUUGUGGACACGAAAAAUAGGAACAGCAUCCGUUUUUUGGGCGAAGAGGUAAUUAUAAAAAAUGUGAAGGAGGGUGAUGGUUAUGUUUUUCUUCUGUCGUUUCUGUCUCUACGGGCCAUUCACGAUGGAGGGAGUAACCUGCUCGUCCAGUGGUCCUACGUGGAUGAUGUGCCCGAGUCGGCCAUCCAGAAGUUCAUAAGUUCGAUUAGGGAGUACGCCUCCGGGGCGCAAAUAAAUGUGUAA